GGGAUGCUGACUGCCAUUUUAUCACGCCAGAUGGCGCAUCGUCGCCAUGGCCAUUGAAAACUGUCAUAUUCAUACGUUUAAUAACCUUUCACAAAGUAAUUUUUUAAUUUUCUCAAAAUAUGCCUCUUUGUGCUGUGCCAGGAUGUACUAACUCCGGUGUCCAUUUAUUUCCGAAAGAUCCAAAGUUAAAAAAACAGUGGGAGAAGGUUAUACGUCGCAAAAAUUUUGUGGCGACUUUGCAUAGCAGGUUAUGUCGGAAUCAUUUCCAAGAGUCUGAUUAUGUAGGAGAGUCAGCUUACACAGGAUAUCCUCAAAUAUGCAGGUAUUUAAAAAAGGGGACCAUACCAAGCAUAUUUCCUUGGUCCACCCAUGUGUCAACAACGCCUACAUCAAGAGCCCGUCGAUAUUUGGCAAGAAGCAGACGCCAAAUUGACUUCGGUCAACCAACUGUGGAUGAAAGUAUUCCAGAACCCUCUACGAGUACUGAAAUAGAAAUAUCUACAAUAAUAGAGUCCUCAACAGAAGACAUUACUCCAAAAGCAAUAUCUGUUAGCACUCAGUGUGGUAGUACUUUGGGAAUAUUAUCACUAGAAGCUAUGAGAGGCAAUAAUAAAACUAUUCAUUUUUAUACCGGUCUUGAAAACUAUGACAAAUUCAUGCUGCUCUUAGACACAUUAACUCCUAUGUGCUAUAAUUUAAACUAUUUGAGAAGUACAGUUAUGAAUGUUUGUGUUCGUGACCAAAUGUUAAUAACAAUGAUGAAACUUAGAAGGUAUUUACCAGAUUUUGAGUUGGCAUUUUUGUUUGGUAUUUCAGAAACUAAUGUUGCAAACAUUUUUAUAACAUGGAUCAAUUUUAUGUAUGAAAUAUGGAAUUUAAUUGAUAUUUGGCCCACUAAAGAAUUAGUUGAAUACUUUAUGCCGGAGGCAUUUAAAAGAGGUUUUCCGAGUACAAGAAUUAUUGUGGACACAACGGAAAUACCCAUUACAAAGCCUGGUAAUCCUAUAGCACAGCAAGUGACAUUCAGCAACUAUAAACACAAAAAUACUGUGAAGGCUAUGAUUGGGGCAACACCUGGUGGUCUAAUAUCAUAUAUCUCAGAAUGUUAUGGUGGUUCUGUCAGUGAUAGACAGAUCAUAGAAAGAUCUGAGCUGGUUAAUCGUUGUGACAGUGGCGACUCUAUUAUGGCUGAUAGAGGUUUCAAUGUGCAGGAUAUAUUUGCUACAAAAGACGUUACUAUUAAUAUUCCAACAUAUUUGAAAGGAAAGACACAAAUACCUGGUAUUAGAAUAGUCCAGGAUCGAAAACUAGCAAGCAAACGAGUGCACAUAGAACGUAUUAUUGGGCUAGCCAAAACUUACAAGAUUUUAAAAAGUGAAUUAAGCCCAUACCACGUAGCCUUAUCAUCAAGAAUUUUAUUCAUUUGUGCUUUUGUAUGUAAUUUUAGAGAAAAUAUUAUGAAAUAAAAGCUGUUUAAUCUUAUAU